UAGGAACGGCAGUCGCUCGCCACUGAACGGCUCCCCGCGAGUGGUGGGCUGAAUUUGGUGCGCACGCGCUCGUGUGUACGUGUGUGUGUGUGUGUGUGUCUGUGUGUGUGUGGUGCGCGCGCGCAUGUGUGCAUGUGUGUGUGUUACGGAGUUCCUUCCUUCGGUGGUUUCUAGCUCGCCCGUUUCUCCAGUUCGCCUUCGUGCCCAUCCCAGCCAUGGCACAGCCGGAGCAUCUCUGACAUAUUUAUAGCCCAGGAACAGCUGUUUGCCAUUCCUCUAUUUGUGGGCUCAUGUGGGGAAAUGCGUUUUCCUUCCCAUUCUUCGAAACGUGCUAGCGUCUCCACAGAGGAGCUAUUCGAUCUCUCUCGCCCUCCUCUCAGACCGACCCUCUCCCCUCUUUUCCCUUCAGGAGGGGGCGCUUGGAGAAUUAUCAUGCUUCGCGGAGGACCAAAAUCUACCCUCGCGGCACCCCAACUCAGCCUGCUUUGCUAAGCUUCCAGGAAUAUAUUUCUUCUAUCAUCGGCACCAAUAGAAGAAUCGCCACUGUGGCGUUCUCGCAUUCCUUCUCUUCCUUCCUUCCUUCUUUAAAAAGAGAAAAUGGAAUGAUCUCUCUGGAUCCCGCAUAUUUCGACUUUCCUCUCUACUGGAUCAGAUUCAUCUUAGAAGGCGAUAUCUUGCUUUGCCUUUGCACCACUUCCAGACGCAAGAUUGCCAGCGUCGAGGCGUCUUGCAAGAAAGCGGUUUCUAUGUGCAUCUGGCAUCGCCCCUUCCCCAUUUGCUCCCCAAACCUCAUCCUUCUUUAUGUGGAUAUGCAAGCAAGAAGAGGAGACUGGAUAUUCCCAACAUGCUCACUCCCCUAAUCUGUCCGCCUAGAGGUUCUGCUUCUACAAAUCAAGGGAGUGUAAGAGCUGAAGAUGAGGCCCAGAGCAGAGUGCUAUUCUUCAAAAUUCUGGCUUAUGCUGGCAGUCUUAGCAACAACAGGCGGUAUGGCUUGGGCUCAAAAGAACCAUCCCAGCAUUGGCAUUGCUGUCAUCUUGGUGGGUACCUCUGAUGAAGUAGCUAUCACAGAUGCCCACAAGAAGGAUGAUUUCCAUCACCUCUCUCUCAUACCUCGGGUGGAACUCGUUGCCAUGAAUGAAACAGAUCCCAAGAGCAUCAUCACUCGCAUCUGCGAUAUCAUGUCUGAACGGAGGGUGCAAGGUGUGGUGUUUGCUGAUGAUACUGACCAGGAAGCUAUUGCCCAAAUCCUGGACUUCAUUUCUGCCCAGACCCUCACACCCAUUCUAGGAAUCCAUGGAGGCUCUUCUAUGAUCAUGGCAGACAAGGAUGAAUCAUCCAUGUUCUUCCAGUUUGGCCCAUCGAUAGAACAACAAGCUUCUGUUAUGCUGAACAUCAUGGAAGAAUAUGACUGGUACAUUUUCUCCAUUGUCACUACCUACUUUCCUGGCUACCAAGAUUUUGUCAACAAGGUCCGUAGUACUAUUGAGAACAGCUUUGUUGGCUGGGAGCUAGAAGAGGUACUCUUGCUGGACAUGUCUCUGGAUGAUGGAGAUUCAAAGAUCCAGAAUCAACUCAAGAAACUCCAGAGUCCUGUCAUCUUACUGUACUGUACUAAGGAAGAGGCCACUUAUAUCUUUGAGGUGGCUAAUUCUGUUGGUCUGACUGGGUAUGAUUACACAUGGAUUGUGCCCAGUUUGGUGGCUGGAGAUACAGACACAGUUCCGUCCGAAUUUCCCACUGGACUCAUCUCUGUGUCAUACGAUGAGUGGGACUAUGGUCUUCGUGACAGAGUGAAAGAUGGAAUAGCCAUAAUAACCACGGCCGCCUCUGACAUGCUAUCUGAACAUAGCUUUAUUCCUGAGCCCAAGAGUAGCUGCUACAAUACACAAGACAAGAGGAUCUACCAAUCUAACAUGUUAAAUAGAUACCUGAUUAAUGUCACCUUUGAAGGAAGGAAUUUAUCAUUCAGUGAAGAUGGCUAUCAGAUGCACCCUAAACUGGUUAUCAUACUUCUGACCAAGACGAGAACAUGGGAUAGAGUGGGAUGGUGGAAGGACAAACGCCUCAAGAUGAAGUAUUAUGUGUGGCCACGUUCUGAGCUAUAUCCAAACUGUGAGGAACGUGAGGAUGACCAUCUUAGCAUAGUGACCCUUGAAGAAGCACCUUUUGUUAUUGUGGAAAAUGUGGACCCAUUAAGUGGCACCUGUAUGAGGAACACAGUUCCAUGUCAAAAACGAAUUGUAUCAGAAAACAAAACAGAUGAAGAGACUGCCUAUAUCAAGAAAUGUUGCAAAGGGUUUUGUAUUGAUAUUCUUAAAAAAAUUUCCAAGUUUGUGAAGUUCACCUAUGAUCUUUAUUUGGUAACCAAUGGUAAACAUGGAAAGAAGGUCAAUGGAACAUGGAAUGGAAUGAUUGGUGAGGUGGUUGCCAAACGUGCCUACAUGGCUGUGGGAUCCCUCACCAUAAAUGCAGAGCGUUCGGAAGUGGUAGAUUUUUCUGUUCCCUUCAUUGAGACAGGAAUCAGUGUAAUGGUGUCACGAAGCAAUGGGACUGUCUCACCUUCUGCCUUUUUAGAGCCAUUCAGUGCUGAUGUGUGGGUGAUGAUGUUUGUAAUGCUGCUUAUAAUCUCUGCGGUGGCUGUCUUUGUCUUUGAGUACUUCAGCCCUGUGGGAUACAAUCGGUGUCUGGCUGAUGGCAGAGAGCCUGGUGGUCCAUCUUUCACUAUUGGUAAAGCUAUCUGGCUACUGUGGGGCCUUGUAUUCAACAACUCUGUGCCAGUACAGAAUCCCAAAGGGACUACUAGCAAGAUCAUGGUAUCAGUAUGGGCCUUCUUUGCUGUCAUCUUUUUGGCCAGUUACACUGCCAAUUUGGCUGCCUUUAUGAUCCAAGAAGAAUAUGUUGACCAGGUGUCUGGACUGAGUGACAGAAAGUUCCAAAAUCCAAAUGCUUUCUCACCACCUUUCCGCUUUGGAACAGUUCCCAAUGGCAGUACGGAGAGGAAUAUUCGCAACAAUUACGAACUGAUGCAUGCCUAUAUGGUGAAGUUCAACCAAAGAUCGGUGCAAGAUGCUUUAUCAUCACUGAAGACAGGGAAACUGGAUGCUUUUAUCUAUGAUGCUGCUGUGCUAAACUAUAUGGCUGGCAGAGAUGAAGGCUGCAAGCUAGUGACAAUUGGCAGUGGAAAGGUCUUUGCUUCUACUGGCUACGGCAUUGCCAUCCAGAAGAAUUCUGGCUGGAAGCGGCAAGUGGAUCUUGCAAUUUUACAGCUUUUUGGCGAUGGGGAAAUGGAGGAACUAGAAGCUCUCUGGCUCACUGGAAUUUGUCACAAUGAGAAGAAUGAGGUAAUGAGUAGUCAGCUGGAUAUUGACAACAUGGCAGGAGUCUUCUAUAUGUUGGGAGCAGCCAUGGCCCUCAGCCUCAUCACCUUCAUCUGUGAACAUCUCUUUUACUGGCAAUUUCGCCAUUGCUUCAUGGGGGUCUGUUCUGGCAAGCCUGGUGUUGUCUUCUCCAUCAGCAGGGGUAUUUACAGCUGCAUCCAUGGAGUGGCUAUUGAAGACCGUCAAUCUUCUAUGAAUUCUCCUACUGCCACCAUGAACAAUACCCAUUCUAAUAUUUUGCGUCUGCUCCGAACAGCAAAGAACAUGGCUAACCUUUCAGGUGUCAAUGGAUCACCACAAAGUGCCCUGGAUUUCAUCCGCCGUGAAUCAUCAGUUUAUGAUAUCUCUGAACAUCGCCGUAGCUUCACCCACUCUGAUUGCAAGUCUUAUAAUAACCCCCCUUGUGAGGAAAAUCUUUUCAGUGAUUAUAUUAGUGAGGUAGAAAGGACUUUCGGCAAUCUACAAUUGAAAGAAAGUAAUGUUUAUCAAGACCAUUAUCAUCAUCAUCAUCGCCCCCAUAGCAUUGGUAGUACCAGUUCUAUUGAUGGACUAUAUGACUGUGAUAAUCCACCUUUCUCUUCCCAGUCUCGAUCCAUCAGUAAAAAGCCACUAGAUAUUGGUUUACCACCAGCCAAGCAUGGCCAGUUAGGUGACCUUUAUGGCAAGCUGUCAUUCAAGAGUGAUCGAUAUAGUGGAGGAGGGGCACAUGAUGAUUUAAUCCGUUCAGAUGUUUCAGACAUAUCCACUCAUACGGUAACAUAUGGCAACAUUGAAGGCAAUGCAGCAAAGCGGAGAAAACAGCAAUAUAAAGAUAGUUUAAAGAAACGCCCAGCCUCAGCUAAAUCUCGGAGAGAAUUCGAUGAAAUUGAACUGGCCUAUCGACGGCGUCCCCGUUCCCCUGAUCACAAGCGCUACUUUAGAGACAAGGAAGGGCUAAGGGAUUUCUAUUUGGACCAAUUCCGGGCUAAGGAAAACUCACCACAUUGGGAACAUGUAGAUCUGACAGAUAUCUAUAAAGAACGGGGUGAUGACUUUAAGCGUGACACUCUAGGGGGAACAGGGACGUGUACAAAUAGGACCCAUCACAAACAUGGGUCAGGGGAAUUUGGAGUAAACAAUGAGCACAAGCACAGUGUUGUGAGUGGGGUACCAGUGCCAUGGGAAAAAAACCUUACCAAUCUUGAUUGGGAGGAACGGCCAGGGUCUAAUUAUUGCCGCAGUUGCCCAUCUAAGCUGCAUAACUACACCCCAGCUGUGGUGGGGCAGAACUCCACCCGUCAGCCAUGCAUCCGGUGUGAAGCUUGCAAGAAGGCAGGCAACCUCUAUGAUAUCAGUGAGGACAACUCCCUUCAAGAGCUGGAUCAGCCAUCUGCUCCUGUGCCAGUGGCAACCAGCACCUCCACCACCAAGUACCCUCAGAGCCCUUCCAACUCUGCCUCCAAGGUGCAGAAAAAGAAUCGCAACAAGCUCCGCCGGCAGCACUCCUAUGACACAUUUGUGGAUCUGCAGAAGGAAGAAGCAGCCUUGGCCCCACGCAGUGGGCUAACGAUGUAUUCUACCAUCUUCUUUGGGGCUGAAGAUCUCUCAUGAUGGACACUUUCCUGAACUGAUAGGAGCUGAAAGCCAGAUAAUCCAGACAGCACAGAUUGCCUGUGUCUGGCCUAGGAAAUAUGUGAGAGGACAUUUUUGAUUGUCAAGUGGAGAUAUGGCAGAAGCAGGCCAGAAGCAGACAGCUGUAGCUGAUAAUCAAAUCUGCCAAAUCCUUGUGGGUGAUCAAGCUCAGUUGAUCACAAAGGAUGAAGGAAACACAUAUCUGAAAGAGAAUCAUACAAUAAUAGUCAAUCCCUUCUGUCAAACUGGAUGAACUAGAUAAAAGUGAUUAGAAAUAACAUAAAACUGAAAUAAAUCCUAAAUAAACAUACCACUUCAGGCCUGGCUGCUGCUACCAUUUCAGGAUCCUGUUGCUCCACUUAUCCUGAAGUGACAGAUGAAGCCUAAGCUAAAAUGGCUGCUUGAGUAGUUAGAAAGUGUCCUCACUCUCUGGCUUGCUGGCUUGGUGAACAUAUUUCUAUUUGGGUCCAAGGGCCAGAUGAUUUCAGAUGGUGGGCCGCAUCCAGUGCUGACCCCUGCUAUAAUGGAAAUAACCCAGAACUGGAUCAGGCAGCACCAAAUGGAAAAUUUGGUGGCUGUUUGAACUGAUGAGAGGCAUAGCGUGGUUAGAUUUAAUUUAUAUAUGAAUAGCAAACUUACAAAAGUUAACCAUUAUAUUUCACUUCAGAAGAAGGAACACAGAAGUUGGUGGAAGUGGUAUAAAAAGACAGUGAAAGAAAAAGUAAAGAAGUCAGUGCUCCUCAAAAUAUCUAAGGGCUACUCAUUCCCACAACAAAAAAAGCUCAGACGCAAAAUAAAGAUGCCACAAAUUUCUAGAAGUCCAAGGAGGUGGAAUGGAGUUGGGGAGCAAGAGAGUUCCUUUGGGGAAUCAAAAUGCUGCCCAAAUAUGGAAGCCAGGCACAAAGUUGUAUGAGAAACAACAGCAAUAAGACAAUAAGGGAUGACUAAAUCAAGAAUGGAUUUGGUUUAGUAUCUCUAAUAUAUAAGAUAGUCCUCGACUUACAACCACAACUGGGAUCAGAAUUUUCAUUGUUAAGCAAUGUGGUUGUUAAGUGAGUCACACCUGAUUUUAUGACCUUUUUGCCAUGGUAUCACAGUAGUUAACUAAGCAAAUCUGGAUUCCCCAUUGACCUUGCUUUGUUGGAAGUCAGCUGGGAAAAGUCACAAAUAGUGAUCAUGUGACCCCAGAAUACUGUAACCAUUGAAAAUAUAUGCUGGUUGCCAAAAGUCCAAUUUUUGACUGUGGAGUUGCUACGAUGGCUGUAAGUGCUGACUUUGUAUACAUAUACAAAAGUAUGAAGGCUAUUGCUUAACGCAUUGUAAGCUGCCCUGGGUCUCCGGAGAAGAGCGGCAUAUAAAUCAAAUUUUUUUAAAAAAAGUGCGAGGACAGGUCAUAAAUCGCAUUUUUCAGUGUCGUUGUAACUUCAGUCACUAAAUGAACAGUUGUAAGUUGAGGAUUACCUGUAGUAAAUUGCUAUGACAAUUGGGAGCAUCAACUAAAUAAAUCAAAAAUCUUAACAAUGGCACUUUUAAAAAUCUUGAAGUCCCUUAAAAGUACACUUUAUUUUUGAAGACCCAGAUUUGAAUCUCUGUUCAUUCGAAUAUUUCUGCUACUCAAUGAGGUACCACUGCUUUUUUCUAUUGUUCCUCACCAAAUGGUUGACAGAUAAAAUUAUUAUCUUUUUAUGUUUAAUAUAUAGCUACACUUGCUGAACUGGUUUAUACAGAUGGAUAGCAAGGAAUUUCAUUUAGCAUUUUAAAAGAUAGUUUACUAGAAUAUUUGUAUUUUUUGUAAGUUGCAUAGAAAAAAAAACUUGAUUAAAAAUAGAGCAAAAGACAACUGACAGAAUUGCUCAUUCUUAAGGGGUCGGAAUUUAUGGAAGCAAAACUAAUAUGUUUAAAUUUGAAAAGCUCAGUCCUUUGUUAUAUUAAUGUGUUCAUACACUUUGCCAGUUAGAGGACAAAAACAGUGGAGAAAAUGAUUGCAAAUAGCUAAGAUGGACAGUAGCAUACCAAGAAUCACAUUCAAGGUUUUCGUUCAUAACAACUUUGUUAAAACUGAUAUUUUACUAAUUUAUCACAAAGUGGCUGAAGAAUCUAGAAUUUCUCAAUCCCCAUGAAAGAAAGCCAAUUUUCUAAAUUUGCUUUUGUUCAGAAGCUACAGUCACUAUAUACACCCUGCAUUCAAUUAUUAAAAUUCAGUGUUGCAAUAGUGCUUUGAGUAAGCUGAGUAAUGGAGCAAUGACCAUUGCUUGUUAUUACUGUUGAUUACUGACUGGGGAUUGUUGGCAUUUGUUUUCUAUUGUGGAACUACACUAUUGUGCAUAUCUUAUAUUAAAAAAUGGACAGGGAAAUUAUGACAUAUUUCCUUGAGGUUCUUGGCCCUUGCUAUUCUGGAGCAAUUAGAGUUUUCUAGAAGGAAAAGUUGACAUAUGAGUGCCAUUCAGCAGCAAAAAUUAAUAAUGUGUUUGUGGUGGGUAUGACAUUGUGUCAGGACUUGACCCAUUUUGAAAGAGGAUGUGGAUAAAUUCAAAACUGAUAACAUAGCCUGAGCAAUUUUAAAACUGAAGCUAAGUACUCUGGUAUGAGAGAUUUUCAAUAAUCCCAAAUCUUAGAAAAGUGGAAAUGCAUCUCUAUAUCUUUUUUCAGGUGUCUGGCUCUUUUUUGCUUACUUUUUCUCUUCUGUGGAAGUAAAAGUGGAGAAUAAUUUAUAAAUUAUUACAAUCCUGUACUAUAUUCUUAUUUAAUUUGUUAUAUUUGUAGUUUGCUUUUUGUAUUGUGAACAAUCUAGAGUCACUCUGGAAUCAGGCUGUACCAAAACAUAAAUAAAUAAAUAAAUAAAAAUAAAGAUAGAUGAGCUCUUAAGACGGCCUACAUUUCUAUGAUAUAGGCGGUUGUGAAGGAAGGUUAUAGAACUGAGAAUCUGAAACUCACCUUGUCCAUUCUCCAACAUAACCACUUAAGGACAUUUGGACAUCUGAAUAUCUCAAUCUCAAUUUUGGGGACUAUUAAGGAGGCAGUAAAAAAGCUCCUAUUGGGGCCAGAGUAUGAUCUGACAUCCUAGAAGUAAAUUCUCACCAUUGUAUUCCUAACCGAGGGACAAAGUAAGGGUAUCUUAAACAUGUAUUUCAUUAAUUACUGCUGUGGGGGGCGGGCAGUUCCUGUAUCCACUUUGGAAAAAAAUUGUCUCCCUUAAAAGUAUGAUGUAAAUAAUUUUUUAAAAAUGUUCCUUAUUGAUCACUUCAUCCCUGAAGCCAUGGACUGGCUUAGAAUAGAAUCAUCUGAUGGUUGUCAUCCUAUUAUUGGACUGCAAAGGUCUGGACUACAAACAAAUUGCAGCAAGGAGAUAGACUUCUUUGCUGCUCUUAUUGUCUAAAAUUGUUCAGGCCAGAUAUGGUAUUUCUAAUUUGCAAGCAUUAAAUCACAAAAUACACUUUGAUUUUCAAAGUAAUGAAUUUUAAAUACACAUGUUGAGUAUUUAUCAGAAGAAGAGUUCUUCUCAUAACCCAUUUCUUAUCGAUAAACAAAUCCUUAAAUGCCUUGUCAUUCAGUCUUACUCAGCAAAAGUCUAUUAAGGCUUUCCAGAGAUAACAUAUCUAUUUUAAUCUUAACCAAAUAAACCAACUUUAUAUUCUUUCUUUGUACCUUUAAUAAUGUUAGUCCUUAAUCCUAUCAAAUAAAGUCCUGGAAUUUGA